AUUAAAUCUGAUGUAAUUAAAUCUAUUACUCCUACGGUGGAAAAAUUUGAUGACAGUUCAUUUCAUAUUCGUUCGCAAUCUAUGGAGAAUGUCGAAAUAUCAAAUAAAGAUUUUAAUUCUAAGGAACUUACCGAAAAUUCUCGUAGCGAAAGUGCAAUAGGAGAAUACAAUGUGGAGGGUUAUACAACAGCAACUGAAUGUUCAACAACUCCACCUCCACGUUCGAGAAGUGAAUCUUUCGUAACAUCGCCGGAAUGCGAAGAUCUUUCUAUCAUUGCACCUGUGAUGACACAUUCUGGUUCCACUUGGUGGACCAUGGAAAAGCCUAAACUAAUAACUACAAUUGCACCUCUUACUUCUUCUUCGAUUAAUGAAAAUCAGAAAUUUCCUGAAACAACAUCAAAUAUUUCAACUAUCAGCGAAGUAAACCCAACAGUACGAAUGAAAACAAUGGAUAAAAUUACUAAUGAAAAGUCAAACAAAAUUAUAAAAGAAGUUACCGAAACAACCGUUUUGCGUGUUUUGCACGACAUUCGAUUAGGCGUAGCCUCUUAUAAAGUGAUAUCAAAUACUGUGCAAGAUCAUCGGCAAUAUAUCGACGUGAAAGAUAUUCAAAAUGUAGAAGGUGUGCUAGAAGCAGAAUCGCGCGAAAAAUCGGAUGACAUUCACCAUCAUCUCGAUUUAUCUUCGUUCAAAGAACCUAAAAAUUAUACUGGCAAAAGUUCGAAAAAAAUGCAAUCGAAUCAAAAUAUUGCAACGAAAAUUCGAGAACAUGUGUUGAAUGAAAAUACAUGCUCUAACUUAAGAGAAUAUGAGGAUAUACCGUUGCCUUCGCAAAAUCUUUUACGACAUCAUGAGGAUAGCGAAAUUAAAAUAUCAUCGAUGAAAAAAAAUGAUAAUUUAGAAGAUGAAGAUUUUCUUGAAAAGACAAGAAAGCUUUGAUGAAGACAAAUUUUAUAUAAAGAAUUUGAUGAAAACAAAUAUUACCAGCAAAUAUAGAUCUUACGAUUUUGCUUGAUUAAAGAAAAAGAUGUUUAUACAUAUGGAUAUGUUUCAUGUUGAAAAUAUCACAUGUAUUAUAUAGAAUCGGCAACAUUAAAAGAAUUAAGAAUUGUUAACUGCGUAUUUGUUAUGCUUUGCUGUCUGUAACUUUAUUGCAAAUAAAACUUUAAUAUAAUAUUAUAUAAUAUCGACACCUGAGCCGUAGAAGCUAUAUCGAGAAAAACAUGAAGGAAGGUUUAUGUCAAGAAAUGAAUGAAAAGCGGUUUAUUUCAUGCGAGGUAUAAAGACCGCAAUAUUUUCUUCUCAUAAAUUUUAUAGUGGUAUGACGGAGAAACGAACGGGAAUCGUCUUGAUUUUUAAUCCUAUUUCUCACACUUAUUUAUUCAUCUAUUAUUUAAUUUUCCGUAACUAAAUUUGUGCAAUUUAUGAGUAGUAAAUAUUGCGCUAUAUAAACACUUCUUUAAUUUCAUGCGACUUGAAUCGUUCUCGCUUUCUCGAUAUAAACCGUACUUCGUAUGCGUUUCAACAUAGACCGAUCUUCACGCCUCAUGAAAUAGACCGUUUUUCAUUAAUUUCUUGGCAUAGACCUUUCAUGUUUUUUUUUUUUUCGAUAUAGCACUUUCUACGGCUCAGGCGUUGAUAUGCUGUCGUGGAUUUUUAGUAUGUAUCGCAUGACGCAUUUGUUAUUUGUGUAAAUAAAAGAUGUUUAAAAGAAAA